AUGGCGGUGAAAGAGGGUGCUUGGAGUGAUGACGAGUCACUUUUAUUGAUAGAGGAAUACAGAACAAGGGAAGUUUUAUGGAACCCUCAAAAUGAAAACUUUUAUAAACAAAAUUUAAAGAAAGAUGCGUGGGACGAAAUCGGAUAUGUAUGGAAAAUAACAGCAGAAAAGUGCAAUAACAAAAUGAUAAGUCUUCUCUCUUCUUACCGCCGUGAAAAAGGAAAGGAAAAAAAAUCCAAGGGUACUGGAAAAGGUACUUCGGACACAUACACAAGUCGAUGGUUUGCCUACAAUGCUUUAAAGUUCUUAGACGAUAGAAACACACCAAGAAAGAGAAAAAAUACGGAGUCCAUUCAACGCUCAGUCUCCAAAAACAAUGCCACCGAAGCCACGCAACAUGAGUUCACCCCUCCAGCACCACCAAAUGAGCAUGGUCUACAGGAAGCGAAACGAUCCAGAAGAGACGAAAACAAUGUUCUUACCGAUGUAGUGGGGAUAUUGAAAACAACUGCACAGAAAUUGGACAGUUCAUCAAGCAUUCCUGACUUAACAAAAAGUUUUGUUUCAUUUAUAGGAGCUAAAAUGAGUAACUAUUCUUCUCAGACUAGGACUUCGGUUGAACACGCAAUAUUUGAAAUUAUUAUGAAAACCGACAGGGGAUAUUAUGAAUCUUGGCAACAUUAA